GCCGUUCACGGAAAACCAGAUGCAGUCUGCUUAUCUUUAGCAGAGUUAGCUUGGAGGACGGAGAGGUCAUCAUGAUCAGACAAACCAGGAGGACAGACAGGUGUUUCCUUCCUGCAGUGGGAGGCGGAGUAGCGAAGGUUCGAUUCCCUGCGGGUCCUCCAGCUCAGCAGGCACCAGGAAGCUGCGACGCCCGGCCCCACGGCAGUCCCGUCGCUGAGAGGGAGAAGAGAGCAGCCGAUGGGCGGAGCCAGGGAGAUCUGGGGUCGGAUGGAGGUUCAGGAGAGGUUCAGCUGAAGAGAGCACGACAGAAUGGAACUGAGGCGUUUGCAGCUGUGGGCAAUAGGAACAAAGCCCCUGGGUCAUGUGAUUCAGCAGGAGAUGGUUCUAGUUCUGACCAGAAGGGGGCAGCAGAGGACAGCCGAACAGCUCAGCUGCAGAGCGUGGCCUCCCUGAAGGUCACCAUACAGCAGAGCAGCGAUAGCCGAGAGUUCGGUCCGGCUGACAGGAAGUCCACUGCUCUCCACUGUCAUGUCUGCAACCUCACCUGUCGCUCCCUGCAGGUGUUUCAGGAUCACAUGUCAGGGCGAGAACACCUGAGGAAGCUGCAGGACAUCACACAGAGCAUCCAGCUCAACGCCGGCCCCCUGCUGGACAGGGGUCGCCGGCCACAGGCGCAGCGCUGGUGUGACACCUGCCAGGUCCACUUCAGAGGUGACAUCAUCGUCCACAGACGGACGGAGCAACACAAGGAGUGUAAGCAGCAGGGGCGGCCCUUCUGUCCGGUCUGUCAGAGACACUUCAGGACGCCCAGGAAGUUUGUGGAGCACAUAAAGUCUGUGGAGCAUAAGGAGCAGGUGCAGCUGGGGGACAAGCAGGAGGAGGAGCUCAUCACUGUGGACGCUGUGGGCUGCUUCGAGGAAGAGGAGGAGGAAGUAGAGGUGGUAGAUGAGGAUGAAGAGACAGCGCCAUCUGAGGUUCAGGGGUCAGAGACUGGUGAUGCCAAAGAGUCGGAGGAAGUAGAAGACGAGUUCGAUCCCCAGCUGACUUACGGAAGCAGCUUCGUGAUUCCGGUUCGCGGCUUCGUUUGCCGACUCUGCAACAAAUUCUUCUACAGAGAGACGGCAGCGAGACACACACACUGCAGGACGCACACACACUUCCUCAACCUGCAGAACCACAGAGACGAACAGAAGAGGAAGAUGAAGACAACUCUUCCCUGACUUCAUGACUCCAUUUCCCACAAUGCAUCAGAGGAUUGUGAUGUCAUGAUGUUCUAACAACUCAUUGUCUCCACCUAGUGGCGGCUGCAGGAACAGCAGCUGUGUUCCUUAAAUCAGUGGUUCCCAACCCCCGGGCUGCAGACCGGUACCGGUCCGUGGACCAAUUGGUACCGGGCCACACGAGAAAUAAUUAAAUAUUUCAGUUUUAUGUGUUAUUUGAGUCUGGAGGAUCUUUUAUUUUGAAAAUCCUGUAACUGGACUCUCUGGGUUCCGUCUCGCCGCCAACAUUGAGCCACAAGCAGCAAAAUGAGAGAGUCAAAAAGUGACUGAGAGUCAUUAUUCGUAACACAAACCCUGUAAAUUCUAGACACUAAUAGGAACCAUAGAAUUGCACAAAAAUCUGUGAGGGACGGAAAGAGGAGAACGGAGCCUGUUUACAUGGUUCUAAACUGAGUGGGAAUGAAAACAGCAGCAGGUAUUUUGUUCCAUAUAAAAACCAUUAGGAUUUUAUUGGAAUGUAAUCAAUUACAAAUUUAUUGAUGGAACUUGACUUAAUGUCGUGUUUUGAUUGUUGAUUCUGUGUUUCAUUGUGUUUUUGUGUUUGAUUUGAUGUAAAACACUUUGAAAUGCCUUGAUGCUGAAAUGUGCUAUACUAAUAAAAUUUGAUUGAUUGAU